AGCUGAUUACAUUCUGAUUGCUGAACGUUUGUGUGUUUAUGAAUAUUAUGCCGAUCAAUGGAAAGAGCAGUAGUUAUACUCGAUAAAUUGGCCCACUACGCUUUGCGGUCGCAGAAAAUUCCGCAAAUCAACAGCCCGUUAGCCUGUGGGAAUCACUUCAAGCGCCACCGCAGCACAUUUGGGUCAGAGUCCAAGGAAAUACAGAAAAUGCUAAGCCAACUACCUCUGUUCGCCGGAGGCGAGAUAGUCCGAGGAUUCGGACGCGGCUCCAAAGAACUGGGCAUCCCAACAGCAAACUUUCCGCUGGAGGUUGUGAAAUCACUGCCCGAAUCACUGGAAACAGGUGUGUACUACGGCUGGGCCAACGUGGACGGAGGACCCGUAUACAAAAUGGUCCUUAGUGUCGGCUGGAAUCCCUUCUACAACAAUAAGGAGAAAAGCGUGGAGACGCACAUGCUCCACGACUUUAACUGUGACCUGUACGGACAGAUACUUAAGAUCUGUAUUGCGGGAUAUCUACGUCCCGAACGCAGUUUCGACUCCCUUGAAGCGCUAAUAGCCGCCAUUCGUACGGACAUAGAGCAGGCCAAAGGGUUCUUGGAGGAAGAGGAUAAGACCAAGUUAAAGGAGGCUCCGUUCUUCACAGAAAAGCUUUACACUUCGAAAUAGCGAUUUCGAACGUUUUCCUGGACAAGGCGGCCCAGCUGAAGGAGGCUCAACUAUUCAUCGAGAAACUCUGCCCCUGGAAUUAAAUAUUCCACAAGUUAUCUUAUCACUCAAUUUGCACGAUGUACAAAGCGGAAUUCGAAUAUCGAUUCAAGUACUUAAGUUGGCUGUUUUCAUUAAAUUCCGAUUUCCUCAUCAUGACACCGAACAAUAAUACCAAUCGCAUUUAACUUUUACACCAAUCAGAUUUAUAAACUAAACAUGUUGUUUAAAACUUAUUACAGUUAUAUCUUACCUAAUAAAAGGUACGAUUUAUAACUUCAUAAUGACUGGUAUAUUUUCCACUUACAAAUUUCAUUGUUAAUUCUUUUAUUAAUGCAAUAUUAUUUAAAUUGGGUGUAGAUAAUUCUAUUUGCCGUAUUUUUGCAAAUUAAGAAAUAUUAAAAUCGGUAUUCCAAUAGCUAUAUCCUUAAAUAUUGAUUAAAUUUAUACAAAAAUACAGCAAACAAAUAAAAAAAAGUUUUUUU